AUGGCACUCCUUGCAUCAAUGCAGAUGCUUCAUGAGCCUCAAACUCAGAUCCUACUUUGUUCGAUUAUUCUGGUCCUUUUCAUUGUGACUAUCUUUGCUCAUGCCUUUCUCGGAUCCCAAAAGCUUUUGUCAUUCCUUCCCGAAUCCCUCCAAAACUAUGCCCGCUUUUGCUAUGGCUGCUUCAUCAAGCCACACGAGGGCAGAGGCACCCGAGAUCAAAAGGUCGCUCUGGAGAGCUUUUACAAAGCUCAGGCGUCUGUUUAUGAUAAUACCAGAACUCGGCUCUUGCGUGGUCGGGAGGACAUGCUAGGCUUGGUCGCCGCCCAGAUUCGCCAUCGCGUCAAGCAGGGUAUUGUGCCUCAGAAACCCAUUUGGGUUGAUAUGGGCGGUGGUACAGGAUACAAUGUUGAGCAGAUGCAGCGAUUUGUCGAUGUUCCCAACUUCUUCGACCGGGUUUUCAUUAUUGAUCUCUCGCCAUCUCUCCUCGCUGUCGCUGCCGAUCGGUUCAAGAGACUGGGCUGGAAAAAUGUCCACGUCAUUUGCCAAGAUGCCAGACAUUUCCGUCUCGAAGAUCAUUACCAGAGUCCGCUCAGAGCGGAGCGGUAUGGAGAGCAAGCCCGCAACCGCCCAGAUUUGAUCACCAUGUCUUAUUCUCUGUCGAUGAUUCCCGACUUCUAUUCCGUCGUGGAUUCGCUGGCAAAUACUCUCUCUGAGAAUGGAGUCAUUGGUGUUGCAGACUUUUACGUCCAAAGUGAGAUUGAUUAUCACAGCCGGAACUAUAUCGGUGGAGAGAUCAACCGGCAUUGCAUGUGGAUCUCGCGCGUUUUCUGGCGGACUUGGUUUGAGGUUGACCGCGUCAGCCUUGAGGCUGCUCGAAGAGAUUAUUUGGAAUACCGCUUCGGGACCAUUCUCAGCUUCAAUGCCCGGAACCGAAUGCUCGGCCUGCGCAUUCCUUACUAUGUUUGGAUCGGAUGCUCACGAGAUACGGGUGUAUCCCAGGCCAAACUCAGGCAGCUUGACGCCGCGGCAACCGAGUCUCCCUUUAUCUCGGCGCUCGAUCGCCAUGGCAAGUCAAUGCAGGAAACUAAAGAAACACGCGAACAGGGAGUUCGGUCAAAAGCCUACGAUUCAGCCGUAGUCAACUUGGCUUCAAGCCUCCCUCUUCCAUCAAGCUGGUACCAACAGCACCACUGGCGCAUUCAUUUUGAUGAGCACCUGCAAAAGCAUCGUCAGUUUGGCAACGAAUACAUCUAUGCAUUCACCUGGGAAGACGCGCAUGAAGACUUGAAGAUCCUGGAUAUCCAAAAGGAAGAUGUUAUUCUGGCCAUCACAAGCGCGGGAGAUAAUGCUCUCACGUACGCGCUGAAGCAACCGAAACGCAUUCAUUGUGUUGACCUGAACCCCAAUCAGAACCACCUUCUCGAACUUAAGCUUGCUGCCUUCACUGCGCUCGGACAUGGCGAUAUCUGGAAACUGUUCGGCGAUGGCAAGCAUGACUCUUUCCGUGAGAUUCUCAUCACCAAGCUUUCGCCCCAUCUUUCCUCGCUCUCCUUCCAGUACUGGCUGCAAUAUGGCCCUGAGACUUUUGCCAACCAUGGUCUUUACUUUACUGGCGGUUCUCGUCAUGCAUUGAAUCUAGUUCAGUGGCUUUUUUCAGUGCUGGGUUUGAAGAAGGAAAUUGAACGACUCUGUUCCGCAAAGACCAUGGACGAACAGCUGACCAUCUGGCGACGCAGCGUGCGUCGGGUGCUCCUGAACCGGCUGCUGAGCUGGGCAAUUGUGAGUAAUAAGACAUGGUUGUGGAAAGCUUUGGGUGUUCCAGAGGCGCAACGACAAAUGAUUGAGCAAGAUUUUGCUCGUCAAUCUGGUGAUGCGCCCCCUCUUACCUCUCCCGUUAAGGGUAUGGAGCGUUCAGAAAAUGCCGAAACAUACCGUGAAGCUGCUGCGGCCAGAGCGGCUGUUGUUGGUCCUCGUAACUCGGGCCGCGCCAUCUGGAACUAUGCACUCAACACACUCGAUCCAGUGGUUGAAAAUACAUUGAUUUCAGAUGAAAACCACUACUACUUGCUGACCCUGCUCGGCCGAUACACAAAGCGUUGCCACCCGCCUUAUCUUGAUGCGCGGGCCCAUGCCAAACUUUCAAGACCUGGCGCCUUGGACGGCAUGCGCAUUCACACGGACGAGGUCCGCGAGGUCUUGGCUCGGAUGCAGCCAGGAACGCUAACAAUUGCUGUCGUUAUGGACAGCAUGGACUGGUUCGAGCCCGGCAGUGCUGAGCUGGAUGAGCAGGUUCAACUCAUCCGUCAGGCCCUUCGUGUAGGUGGCCGGUUGAUGCUGCGGAGCGCCGGUACGCAUCCGUGGUAUAUUUCUGCAUUUGAGAAACAUGGAUUCCAGGCCACCCGGGUAGCGGUGCGCAAUCCAGGCACUUGCAUUGAUCGUGUAAACAUGUACGCAAGUACUUGGAUCUGUACCAAGCUCAGUAAUGCCGGUGAUGAUGUUGUCAGUCGCAUGGAGCCUUUGAAUAUUGGAAAGCCGAUGCAAGUCAUUUGAAGACGAUGAAAUUCCGGUGUCAUAGUUCGAACGUUGCAAAGUGGAGAGAAAGUCUGUGGUGGAAUAGCUUUUUCUUUAUUCAACGAUACCACUUGUCAGAGGC